AAGAACAGUAGCAAGCAGGUCUUUCAUGAUACCAGAAAUUGCUGCAUUUUUCUCAUCAAAAUCAACAGAAUGGUUGAACGAUUCACCAGAUAGCUUGCCGUAAAGGAMGAUGGCUGCAUGGCUUAUUUAUGGAAGGUAUUCUCGCUUCUGUGUUGGAAGAUGGAAUUCGCACGUGCUUUCAAACACUCGGUACUUUCAUAACAAAACAGUGAUUACUCCUUCUAUUUCAAGACAUUUAAUGCAUAAAGGAGCAUCAACUGCAAUUUUUACCAGCUGCAAUACAAAARCAGUGACUUUGACGAGGUUAUUUUAYAGAGAAGUUGUUAAACGAAGUUUUAAUUCGAGCUCAAACACUCAAAGAAAGGUCUUGUCAAGCCAAACAGCGCUGAACUUGCCCUCUGUCAGACAAAUCGAACAAUAUUUAGCUUCAAAGGAUAUUCCUUAUGAACACGGCCAUACGUCAAUUGUUGUUGGAUGUUUAGGCUGUGAAGAGGAAGGAAAAACAGCUAAAAAAUCGAUGUACAUCAACAAGACAACAGGGAGCUAUUUGUGCAAGAACUGUGGAAGGUCGGGAUCAUGGAGACAGUUCAAGUCCAUAAAUUCARAGAAGGAUGGCGAUAAACAAGCRAGUUCCUUACAGRAACAAGAGCUCAACCAGSCCAGGACAACUAUUAACAGUGAUUCUGACAAGAAAGCUAAUGAUAUUUGGAAAUCUAGCCAGCCACUACAGAGUGCAUCAAUUGAUGUUAGGAAAAGAAUUCUAGAUAUUUUUAACAUAGAGAAAAUAUCGGAUGAUUCACUCUCAAAAUACCAAGUGCRUAUAGUUGAAUACCAGUUUUCUGAGCCAAGUGGACAUUCGUCACAUUAUCCAUGCAUAGUUUUUCCAUGGUUUGACUCUAGUAGAACUGCUGUCCAUGGUGUGAAAUUARUCAGAGUGGAGGAAGUUACCACUGAGACUGUUACACUUCAACCAAGAUUAGGAACUCUUGGUUUAUUUGGUUGGAACUCAGUCCCUGCUGAAGCAAAAGAGGUUGUUCUAACCCUGAAUGAGUUUGAUGCCAUUGCUGUCAGUCAAGAGACGUCAUAUCCUGCUAUAUCUUUACCRCUAGGAACACAUUCAUUGCCGCCAGAGGUACUGCCUCAAAUGGAGCAGUUUGAGCGUAUCAUUCUGUGGUUUGGAAAUGAUGUGAGAGCUCGGCAGGCAGSCAAUCAGUUUUCUAAGAAACUCAAUAUUCAACGAUGUCAUAUUGUAAGGCCUUCUGGAGACAAUCCUCCUAAUGGACCACUAGAUGCUCUCAAUAAGGGCAUCGAUCUAAAGGAACUUAUUGCAUCGUCGAAACCUAUYAGUCAUGAAAAAAUCGCCACUUUUCAAGAGUUAAGAAAUGAUGUCUAUAGUGAGCUAGUGAAUGCUGAUCAAGUAUCUGGUGUUAAGUGGUCACGAUUUCCCAAGCUGAACACUUUACUCAAAGGUCAUCGGCGAGGAGAGCUUACGAUAUUCACUGGGCCUACAGGUGCUGGCAAGACUACCUUACUUAGUGAGAUGUCCGUCGAUUUGUGCCAGCAAGGGGUCAAUACGCUGUGGGGCAGUUUUGAGAUCCGAAAUGUUCGUCUGGCUAAAAUUAUGAUGAACCAGUUCUCUGGGUAAGUGUGUUAAAAGCGCGUUUCAACGAAGAAGAACGCUCAACAGUUCAAUUACUGGGCAGAUAAGUUUGAGAUGCUGCCAAUGUACUUCAUGUGUUUCUAUGGGUCGCAGAACAUCAGCACAGUUAUCGAGACAAUGGCCCAUGCAGUUUACGUGUUCGAUAUAGAUCACGUGAUUAUUGACAACUUGCAGUUUAUGACAUCAGGCAUUAGAUCUGAGGAUAGAUUCUCUAUUCAAAACCACGCCAUAUCGUGUUUGAGAGACUUCGCCAGCUCGAAGAAUGUCCACGUGACUUUAGUCAUUCAUCCAAGAAAGGAAAAUGAUGACGURGAACUACAGACUGCUUCCAUAUUUGGUACGGCUAAGGCCAGUCAGGAAGCAGACAACGUGUUGAUUCUGCAGGACAAAAAAGGACGAGGAGARAAAUACUUGCAGGUCACAAAGAACCGUUUUGAUGGAAGUGUGGGCCGAGUCCCACUCGAGUUCGUCAAGGRUUCACUAUCAAUGUGUGGCUUUGGUAAAAAGGAUAACAAGCUACAAAAGACCUUCAAAGGAUCAAAGGUCGUGUCAGAUGUAGAUAUGAUUAACAUCCCAAGCACAUUACCAUUACARAAGGCACGAGUAAGGACAUACUCCCCCGGAAAUGCWGUAUCGGGUARUGGAAUCACAGAGGAUGACAAAAUGAAAAUAUCAAACUUUUAUAACAAUAAGAUGGAAGGUGUCAAAAAGUUUCAAGAAAAUGUAUCUGAAUCCAUUAGGUCUCAGAGUCUAAGACAAAAGCCUCCCUUGGCCUGGUCGGGUAAGGUAAAUAGCGAUCCCCAAAAGCUAGACGCCAAAAGGUUGUAUUCGAAAACUGUAGCAUCAUUAGUUGCUAAGCACGUGAAUCGGAACAGUGUCCAAACGAAGAAAAUGGCUUCUUCUCAAGGAAAACAGAAACCAGCGAUAAAAUCAAAGAAAUGACAAAACUACAAACGGCAUGAAGAAGGUCUGAUGUCAAAAGAUGAUAACAACCCAAAACUAAUGAUUUGUCACAUUGCACAAGACUUAUGAUUAAAGAGAAAACAAUUGCAUCGUGAUUUUGAAGUUUUGAAGUUAGAGUGAAGUCCGACAUGGAGCACGUUUGCUUCUGCAGCAACAAAUUGUAAUAUGAAACUUAUAUCAAUGUAUGGAUCAUUUGCAGCAUAAUGUAUUAAUAUAUUUUCUCAAGCAUUUUUAUGGACUAUUUCUAACAA